AUGGGUGAGGAAGUCUAUGAUAUAGUCAUCAUUGGUGCUGGGCCAUUUGGCCUCUUUUUGUCUCUUUGUUUAUCCAGAUGGGGUUACAAUGUGAAACACAUUGAUAACCGAGUGGUGCCCACCAAGACCGGCCGUGCAGAUGGGAUGCAGUCUCGUUCGAUCGAGAUAUUGCGAAAUCUUGGCCUAAAGAGCCUGCUGAUGGCCUACAACCCUGGACGGGUCUACAAUGUUGCAUUCUGGGACCCUCUCCCUGACGGCAAGGGCAUUCACCGGACGGGCAGUUCGCCCAGUUGCCCGCCAUCCAUCAGCACAAGAUAUCCAUUCUCUAUGACACUACACCAGGGCAUAAUCGAGAAAGUGUUUCUAGAUGAGAUGGCCAAGUGUGGAACUAUCGUGGAUCGACCAAGUACCAUAGUCAGCUUCCAGCAUGACGGAGAAAACCCCGUUUACCCUAUAUCGGUUACCGUAAAGGGCCUGGACACAAAUGUGGAACAAACUGUGCGGACAAAAUAUCUAAUUGGGGCCGAAGGUACUCGAAGUUUUAUCAGAAACCAGCUAGGCAUCAAGAUGCACCAGAAGGGCCCUGUUGCCGCUGUGUGGGCUGUUAUGGACGGUGCUGUCCAGACCAAUUUUCCAGAUAUCAGGACCAAAUGCACCAUUCAUGCCGAUAAUGGUUCAGUAAUGGUGAUACCUAGAGAAAAUAAUAUGGUCCGCCUAUACACUUGGGUUUCUUUCCCGAGUGACUCUAGUCCGGAUCCAAGACGGUCAAUCACCAUCAAACAAGCGCAAGAGUCCGUUCAACAGACCUUGAAGCCGUACUAUAUCAACUGGGAUACUGUGGAAUGGUAUUCCACCUACCCAAUCAGUCAGAGUUUAGCCGAAUCAUACAGUCUAGAUCAGCGUAUCUUCAUCGGUGGGGAUGCAUGCCAUACUCACAGUCCCAAAGCCGGUCAAGGCAUGAAUGCUGGUUUUCACGAUGCUUUAAACUUAGCAUGGAAGAUCCAUGUUGUUGAGGCUGGGUUUGCAGAUCGCUCGAUCCUGGAAUCUUAUGAAGGGGAACGGAAACUCAUCGCUCAUCAGCUGCUUGACUUCGAUGCCAAGUACGCAAAAUUAUUUUCCCAGCAACCAUCUUCCACAGACCCUAACUCCAAAGAAAGCAAGGAGUUUACCGAAUUGCAUAAAUCAGCUGCCGAAUUUACCAGCGGCUAUGGCAUCGUAUACCCGCCAAAUGUUUUUAAUUGGGAUCCAAAUCACCGCGCCAAAUCACCGCUCUUUCUCCCGGGAGGAAAUGGGCUAAUACCCGGCCGCGUUUUCCCCAUAGCCACGGUUACUCGGGUCAGCGAUGCUUAUCCUGUGCAUCUAGAACAGGAAAUUCCCAUGAACGGAUCAUUCCGGAUAUUGAUUUUCGCCGGAAGCCUGGACAAGUCUAGAGCUGCUUUGGCUGAUUUUUGCCAAUAUUUGGAAAAACCUUCUAGCUUCUAUUCCUCAUUUGCGACACCCAAGCUUUUGCCGGAUCGAGACUUUGAGAAGCAUAACCCUCACUCACGAUUUUUUACUCUAGCAGUGAUAUUUAUUGCAGAGAAGGAUGAUGUUGACAUUUCCGCGCUGCCAUCGCCCCUCAGAGCCUAUCAUCACCAUGUCUAUAUCGAUGAUCUCAUCCGCCAGCGAUCUACUCAUGCGAUGGGAUCUGUGCAUAGGAAGCUGGGUUUUGACACCGACAAACCCGGUGUUGUGGUGAUACGCCCUGACGGGCAUGUUGCUUGUAUGGUCAAGCUGGCGGAAGGAAGCGGUAGCGUCGACGCUUUAAACAGAUACUUUGGCACGUUUACAUCGAGGUCAAGUAGUACGCCUAUGACUUCACGACUCUAA